AUGUUCACCAAGCUUGAUCUGUGCGCAGGAUACAACAAUGUACAUAUCAAGGAAGGCAACAAAUGGAAGGGGGCAUUUAUUACCCCACAAGGACUAUUCGAACCAACUGUCAUGUUCUUUGGAAUGACAAACUCUCCAGCAACUUUCCAAGCUAUGAUGGAUGGUAUCUUUGCAGAUCUAUUACUAGAAGGAUGGCUAGUAAUCUACAUCGAUGACAUCCUCAUCUAUUCCACUGACCAUGCGGAACAUCAACAACACACUCAAUUGGUUCUCCAAUGUCUGAAAGAAUCAGAUCUGUUCCUCAAACCCAAAAAGUGCUUCUUUGAUGUAUCAGAAGUUGAAUUUCUAGGGUUUAUUCUCUGA